CGGCCGAGGCUCCCUCCCCGCGCCCCGCCGGGGUGCGCGGGGCCGCGUUCUGCCCCCGCUGUAGCCCCGGGCUCAGCUCGGCCGCGCCCCCGCGCUCUCUCCUUCCCUUUCGCUCGCCCGCUCCGCCGCCGCCUCCAGCCCCGGCUGCCCGGCGCGGAAGAUGCUGCGGCUCUGCCUGCUCGCCCUGCACGCUCUCCGGCUGGCCCGGGCCGCCCCGCUCUCUCCUGGGUCCUGCGCCUUUGAGGACAGCGCCUGCGGCUACGAGUGGGACUACGCGCAUCUGCCCUGGGCGCUGCACGGCGAAGGACAUUACAUUUCUGUGGACACAUCUUAUGAGGGGGAGAAGGCGGUGCUUUUCAGUCCUGACCUAUAUUCUGAAGAGUGGAGCUGCAUCAGACUGAUUUAUCAGAUAGCAACUGCUUCAGCAACUUCACUGAAUCCUGCCAGGCUCAACCUGUACCUGAGGAAAGAAGGAGAGAGCUUUGAUAGUUUACUGUGGUCAGCCAAAGAGCCUUCAGAUAGUUGGCUCAUAGCUAGUUUAGAUUUAACAAACAGCACAAAGAAGUACAAGAUUGUACUGGAAGCUGAAAUGGGACAAGAUAAAUCUGCCAGUAUAGCAGUUUUUGAAAUUAAAAUAACUCCUGGAUAUUGUAUUGAGUGUGACUUUGAAGAAAAUCAUCUUUGUGGCUUUGUGAACCGCUGGAACCCCAAUGUGAACUGGUUUGUUGGAGGAGGAAACAUUCGCAAUUCCCAGUCUAUUCUUCCCAAAGACCACACACUUAACAGUGAAUUGGGUCACUACAUGUAUGUAGACUCUGUUUACGUCAAACAUUUUCAGGAGGUGGCUCAGCUAAUCUCACCAAAGACUACGGCUCCAAUGUCUGGCUGCUUAUCUUUUUAUUACCAACUUAAGCAGGAGAGCAGCAUUGUUUUUACUCUUUACUUGAGAGAUACGAGUGGCUUUUAUGAAGAGAUCUGGAAAACAGACAGUGCCUCAACUGCAGAUUGGGCAUUAGCUGAAGUUGACUUUAGUGCAUCAUACCCAAUGGAGGUAGUAUUUGAAGUUGCUUUCAAUAGUGCCAAGGGAGGUUACGUUGCCCUUGAUGACAUUUCUUUCUCUCCGGUUUACUGCAGCAAUCAGACAGGAAUUAUCUUCAAUCCUGCUGAUGCAGGCUGCAAUUUUGAGGAAGACCUGUGUAAUUUUUACCAGGAUCACAAGGAUGUCCCAGGAUGGAGCAGAGUGAAAGUGAAGCGCAAUGUGUAUAGAGCCGGAGAUCACACUACUGGGUUUGGUUAUUACUUGCUGGCAAACACAAAGUUCACAUCACAGCCUGGGUACAUUGGACGUCUGUAUGGCCCAACCCUGCCAGGAAACUUGCAGUUUUGUCUGCGUUUUUAUUACGCUUUGUAUGGCUUUUUCAAAAUGAGUGGCACCCUUGCUGUUUAUAUCUUUGAGGAGAAUCACGUGGUUCAAGAGAAAAUCUGGUCUGUCUUGGACUCUCCAAAGGGUGUUUGGACUCAAGCUGAAAUCUCCUUCAAAAAACCUAUGCCAUGCAAGGUUGUCUUUGUGAGUUGGUGUAAGAGCUUCUGGGACUGUGGACUUGUGGCACUGGAUGAUAUAUCAUUGAGCCUGGGAAGCUGCCAGGCUGCUGAUCUCUUGCCACCCUCUCCUGGAGAGUGUACUUUUGAAAAAGAUGAGUGUAUGUUUACCCAGAAGAAGAGAGGUCGUGGGAGCUGGCAAAGGAGGAGGGGUCCAACUCCCACCUCUUACACCGGACCAAAAGGGGACCACACUACUGGGGAAAAUCUGUGUUACAGCUGCACCCUCAGCAGAGUAUGGACAUCAGCUACAGAGACAGAUUUGUGAUGUCUGGGGCCGUACAGCCAAAAUCCUGCAUGUGGAAUUGGGAAUGCAGAUGGGAAUGUUUCAUAUAGUGUAGAAAUUUCAGAGUGCCAAGAAGUUACAUACUUCCACUGUCAGUUAUAAACAGGGAAGAUUCUAGGUAGAAUUAUUUAUAACUUCAUAGAUAAGUUUUAAAGCCUGAAAUUCCUCUUACAUGCUCUGAAAUAAAAAUGAGAAGCUUCAGUUGCAAACCUGAGCACAUUCUCACCAGCUCUAUUGGCUAAGUGAUGCAAAUGAAAAAUGUAGUCUAAGUGUGAAACAAGAACAUUCUCCCAGCAGUGAUACCUUAGUGCUGUGGAAUGAUUUUCAAAAGGGAAUCUUGACAUUCUUGUCACUUUCCCAAUGCAGUAUUUGAAAAACUCAUAUUUAGGAAGUGACUUAAAUGACAAAUUUUCUAUAAGUCUUCGUUACCCACACUGUCCAGCUUUUCUACAUCAAGUAGGUGUGUAAUAACAAACCUCGAAGUAAGUGAGAAUUUUUCCUAAUAGUUUUUGAAGUUUAUUUGAGAGGGUUUUUUUGAAAUGUGGGUGACAUUCUUGGAGAGGCAUGUGUAGGCCAUGUCUGUACCACCUACAGUCUCUUCUGCAUAAUACAAGCUAAAAGGAAUAAAUCACAUGAAAAAUAUUGAUGCACCAAUUGUUUUCAUAGGUAACUGAAACUCAGUUCUGUAAAGUGAUUCAACAUUCAGGUUUACUUUUUUUUUUUGUCUUUUCCUGUGGAUAUUCCCUAGGUAAUACCAUUUUUCUUCUUUCAAAUACUCAAUAUUCUAGCACUCCUGUUUCCAAAGACAAUAUCCAUCUCCUUACAGGAGUAACACAUUAAGAGUUCUUGCUGAAGGAAAGGAAUGUGUUUCUUAAUUUCUAAGGCAGAAACUGACUUCAGACCCAUUUUCAGUUUAUAUAUUUUAAUAAGCAUUCUGAGAUUGGAGACUGAUAGUUUGUAUUCUUGGUGAAGCAAGAGAAUCUUUUAAGGUUUGCCUGUGACAGGAGAACAUGUUUACAGCAACAUAAACAUUUAUUCCUUGUAUCAUGCAUUUGUUGGCAGUGAAACAUGCUGUAAAAAUAUGUGGAUUUAGAAUUCACAAAAAAAGAGCUAAUAAGCUAAUAUAGCCUUUCCAACAGUUUAUAACAUGAUUCAGGCCUUAGAACUAAAGGCAAGGUAUUCUAUUAUGCUGUAGUAUGAGCCGUAGGUUUUGAUUUUUAACUCUAAUAACUCUCAAGCAUAGUUAAUAUCAAAAUUCACGGAGUCACUUGCUCUAGGUUUGGAAUAAAUAACCUUGGGAAUCCUCAAACACACCGCACCAAGUGGUCUUUUCUUUACAGAUCUGCAGCUGCAGAUACUCAUCCUUUUCACCCUUUCUCCCUAGUGCUGCAGACCACCAAACUACAGCUCUGCCUAGAAGAUGACUUCAGCAUGGGUUUACUUAGGUAACAGGGCUUUGAGGAUCCUGAGACAGAUCUACCAGCUGAUCUUGCUGUUCUCAGGCAUUCUCCUGCUUCACUGGUCCUCAGGAUUCUCCUCCCUGCUGGGGUCCAUCUCAAGUCCUGCAAUUGGGGUGGCAGAAGGACAGCAUUUCCUCUCCAGCGCGACCAGUAGGGAGCAGCAGGGCUGUAGGAAGGGUUGCUGCAAAAUCUGGAUUCAGCACCUGCUGGGGUGUACGUCUCACAGCACAAAACAGCUGCCAUGAGCAGCAGGUGGGAUG